CCAAAACUAGGAGGUAUUGAUCCUGCAGGUAUUGAAAGAAUAAUAAAGAGGAUAGUUUGAAAAACCAUAUGCCAAUAAAAUGGCAAGUGUAGACAAAAUGGACAAAAUCCUAAGAAAACUCAAAUGACCAAAAGUGAAACAAAAGAAGGUGGAAUAUCUGAAUAAUGCUUUGUCAAAGAAACUUAACCCAUAAUCAAGCAAACUUCCCACAAAAAAGGACAAACACACUCCCAGGGUCAGAUGACUUGUAUAUAGAAGUUACCGCGUGCACACACUUAUCAUAAAACACUUAUCGUAGAAAUCCGAGGUCUUCCAUAUGUUAUACUUUACUAGAAUGUUUAGAACGAAAAGAGCAGGAAAGCACGCUGGGGAGGUGAAAGGCUGUUUUGCACACCAUGUUGGGUCCGGAGCAGGGAGGUGACCCGGUCACGUCUGGGUGUUAGGCAGAUUGUCCCGGCACCCUAGUGGCGGACGGCUUCAAGGGCCAAAGCAUGGAGCGGGAGGGCAGCUGGGGAGGGGUGCCUUGGGGUGGGGUGGAGGGACGGGGAACCGGCAGCAGGAGGCCCAAAUGUCCAUUGGAGGGGCAGGUGGGGACGAGGUGUGCAGUUCAGGACGGGCAGGGAUUUCCAGGCGGGAAGGGCAUGCCCUCAGUGUGCAUCAUUCCCCCCCACCCCCGAGUUCUCCCAGAGAAACUCUCCCUGGCCACCACUGCCCCCAAGAAGUCGCCAGCCAAGCGGACCAGAUGGAACAUGCUGAAAUGCGCCUACAUGAUGGUCACCUUCCUGUUCGUGUCCUACAACAAAGGAGACUGGUGUUAUUGCCACAACUGUAACACAGAAGUGGACAUCGGGACCGACCCCUGCUGUUCUUUCUAGCAACCCUGCUCCGUCUCAGCUCAGCCGUCGCCAGUCCUUCAUCUGCCCUGAAGUCUCGCCUCCUGAGAAGCCUGCCAGCCCCAGAUGACCAGUCUGGAGGGUAACAACCUGGGGUCCUCUGAGGAUGACCCCUUUCUGCCCAGAGGCACUGCAGAAAGGUGUCCCUGAGGGUCCCAACAGGCCCAGGGCGAGUGAGUACCCCCAGGGGUCUCCCCACAACUGCUCUCCCUGGCCUUUCCCAACCUCCCCCACUGUUUCUCUAAUUAAACCUACCCUAGUUGAAGC